CAGUGCUUCUCUUCAUUUUUCUGUCUGGCUGCGUAGAUGUUUUUUUUUUGCCUGCCAAGUUUCGCUGCGGUUCAUCACUAUUGUUGUGCUCGGUGGUAUUCAGCGUAAGCGCGUCUGGACACACAUCACCCGUCAAGUGUUUAAUGAGCGGGUUUUGACAGAGGACGAGGGACUGUAGAUUGAUCAAACUGUGAGAAGAACAAUUCCUCUUUGGUUGCCCCAGAUACUGGAUGAACUGAACUGGCAGAACAGUGCGUAAACUGAUUGAUGACCCUUGACCCUGAUCUACUUCCUGCUUCUCUUCUCCAAGAUACUAUCACUGGAUCCAUCAAGUACACCCAGAGCGCUCAGCAGGUAUAAACCAGGUGUCAUCAGCAAAGCAAUGACAGAAGGUCGAGCUGGUGUGAAGCAGCCCCGUAACCAGCCAAGGUUCUUCACUAUGGAGGGAGAUGAAGAAGAGCGCAUGAGUUCCAGCAGCACCGACGUUAAGGAAAACCGCAACCUGGACAACGUGGGCUCCUCCACCAAGGAGGGGUUGGGGGGUGAGGGGGCAGCUCACCUCCCUAAUGGGGGCAGUGCAGGGUGUGGAGGGGGCAGAAAGCGUCCCUUAGAAGAGGGUAAUAACGGGCAUCACAAUAACAAGUACAGGCCCAAGAAGCGUAAGAAAAUGCCCGGGCCCAUUCUUCCCAAAAAUGCCCUGAUGCAGCUGAAUGAAAUCAAGCCUGGACUGCAGUACAAGCUGCUGUCUCAGACCGGUCCGGUCCACGCGCCCGUGUUCGUCAUGACUGUCGAGGUCAAUGGGCAGCUGUUCGAGGGCUCUGGCCCCACCAAGAAGAAGGCUAAGCUCAACUCGGCUGAGAAGGCUCUGCGGUCGUUCGUUCAGUUCCCCAACGCCUCCGAGGCGCACAUGGCAAUGGGUCGGACGCUAACGGUCAACACAGACUUUACCUCCGACCAGGCUGACUUCCCGGACAUGUUGUUUAAUGGGUUUGAGACCCCGGCCCCUCCGGAGGAGUCCUUCUACCUGGGUUCUAACGGUACCAAUGGCUCCUUCAGCUCCCUGGGACUAGUAGCAUACCCCCUGCUAGGGAACUCAGGUGCUACCGCCCUGAGUCAGUCCUCGUUAGGCCUACCACCCACCUCCUCCGUCCCGGCCUUCGUCUCCCCCGCUAUUGCCAAGAACCCUGUCAUGAUCCUCAACGAACUACGACCCGGGCUGAAGUACGACUUUGUGUCAGAGAGUGGAGAGAGCCACGCCAAGAACUUUGCCAUGUCCGUGGUGGUGGACACGCAGACGUUCCAAGGCUCAGGCCGCAAUAAGAAGCUGGCCAAGGCCCGGGCGGCGCAGGCUGCUCUCUCUGCCCUCUUUAACAUGCAACUGGACCAGACACCGUCCAGACAGCCCAUACCCAGAGAGGGCCUGCAACUGCACCUGCCACAGGUUCUAGCUGAUGCUGUGUCCGGUCUGGUAGUUGACAAGUUCAGUGAGCUGACGGAUAACUUCACAUCCCCUCACGCACGACGGAAAGUCCUAGCUGGUGUUGUCAUGACAACAGGCACCGAUGUCAAGGAGGCACAAGUGAUCUGUGUUACCACGGGGACCAAGUGUAUAAACGGCGAGUACAUGAGUGACCGCGGCCUGGCUUUGAACGACUGCCAUGCUGAGAUCAUUGCUCGUCGUUCCCUCCUUAGGUACCUGUACGCACAGCUGGAACACUUCCUCAGCAACAACAGAGAGGAGCAGCAGAAGUCGAUGUUCACGAGGUGCGAGAACAAGCGGGGCUUCCGUCUGAAGGACAACGUGCAGUUCCACCUGUACAUCAGCACGUCGCCCUGCGGAGACGCACGCAUCUUCUCACCCCACGAGGCUGCCUUCGAGGAUCAGGGAGACAGGCACCCUAACAGGAAAGCUCGUGGUCAGCUGAGGACCAAGAUAGAGUCUGGGGAGGGGACCAUCCCUGUGAAAGUCAGUAACACUAUCCAGACCUGGGACGGGGUAUUGCAGGGAGAGCGGCUGCUCACCAUGUCCUGCAGUGACAAGAUCGCCAGGUGGAACGUCGUAGGGAUCCAGGGCUCUCUGAUGUGUUACUUCACAGAGCCCAUCUACUUCUCCAGCAUCAUCCUGGGCAGCCUGUACCACGCAGACCACCUCUCCAGAGCCAUGUACCAGAGGAUUGCUGACAUUGAGGACCUGCCUCAGACGUUCAACCUCAACCGGCCACUUCUGAGCGGAAUAAGCAACGCAGAAGCACGGCAACCAGGUAAAGCUCCUAACUUCAGUGUGAACUGGGCUGUGGGAGACCAGGGGUUAGAGGUUAUCAACGCCAUGACAGGCAAGGACGACUUGGGACGGCCCUCGAGGCUCUGCAAGCACGCCCUCUACAGCCGCUGGGUGCGCCUAUACUGCAAGCUUUCACAGACUCUGAGAAUCAAAGGUGCCAAACCCAGCUUGUACCAUGACGCCAAACAGGCAGCGAUGGAGUACCAUGCUGCCAAACAGACUCUGACCAAGGAAUUCCACAAGGCAGGACUGGGAGCCUGGGUCAAGAAGCCUAUCGAACAGGACCAGUUCUCACUCCAGUCCUGAGUGGAUUUUUAAAAAUAGAAAUAGAAUGACUAUGUUGUUCUAAAAUGUGUAUGGUUGUUGUCACGGGAGGAAGAGGGAGGCUCAGAUGAAGAUACUUCUCCUACCAGCUGUUUAGACUUGAUUUGUUCUGUGUUUUGGAUGACGCUCACCCAACCCUUGCUUCCAUCUCCUGAUCACUCCACUUUUGACCGUGAGACAUUGAAUUUGGUUGAAUUUUGUCUGAUUUGUUUUUCUCGAUGACUCACGGUAAAGGCUUGUUUUCCGCGUCAACCAAAUGACUGUUGUUGAUGUUUUGUUAGUUUAGUGAUGUUUAUUCCACAACACUAGUAACCUAACACGUGACAUAUGACAGCUGUACAACUGGAAACCUGGGAUUUUUUAAAACAGAUUUUGUUGAUACAUUUUAUAAAUCAGUACAUGCAAAAAUCAACUGAAAUCAGUUGGCUAUCUACAGACAAACCUUGUCUACACUCACUGUAUGUUUAUGCCAAAUAUAUAGAAGGCUUUCAAGCUCACCUCCCAGUAGUGGUCAUAACAAUGACUAUUUUGCUGUCUUCUUCCUAAGUAUUAGUGUUGUGCCCGUUCCCUCUUGUCUUGAAGGCGGAUGUCCUCUCUUACACUUUUUCAUGUGCCGUCUUUUCUUUGUUUCUGCAGUGAGAUAUAAAGCAUUCUACUGUCUGAGGACGAUAUGUUUGUUUGUUUUUGAGUAGUGAUAGAUACGUGUGCUUUUUGAUUCCGAAAAUUUGUUCGAGAAUGCUUUCUAUACUGAUAAUGACAUGUUUUUAUCUAAGUCUAUCUGAAGUAGGCCUAAUUAACUCCAGAAAAAAGAUUUGAUUCAUGUUUCCCUUUACAGUGAUUGCCAUAAAUUAUACUAAGGUACAAUUUGGCCUUUUGAAAUGUACAUUUCUAUGGAAAGAUAUUCUUGCAGGAUGGUUCACACUCAUGUGGUUGCCAGACAGAUACAGUGGACUUUAUGUACUGCUUUUUUAUUUGAACACACAGACAACAUUUUGCUAUCAUCAUGUGCCAUUUGUUGAGAGCUUGAUAAAAAAAAACGACCGAAAUUAUUUUAGCUUAUUAUUUAGCAAUGAGUGUUGAGGUGACUUGAGCUAAUGUUCCUUGUCUGUCAUCAUAAGCCUUCUUACCUCACCAAAGAUGAUUUUUAUUAGCUUUUUGUUUCUUUAAUGUGUAUUAUUUGUUUGUACAAAGUUUCUGGUCACUUCAUUUUGAUUCCUGUGUUUUAUACUGCUCAAUGUCAUCUCUUUGGACUAUUUAUUUUGAAAUGAAUUGAAAUGGAUCCCUGUGUUAAUGUAGCAAUUUAAAAGUAUGAAACUGUAGAUCAUUUUUGACCUGUUCUGUGUCAUUUUUAACAAUUAACAUGUUACCAAAAAGAAAAUAUACCCAAAAUGUAUUUCUAACAGGCUCGGAAAUGUUCAUGUACAGUACUUUAUCCUAGUGUACUCAUUGGAAUCGGACUCCUCUCGUGAAUAAGCUCAUUUUGUCAUUUUCCCCCUUCUGUAUUGUCACACUUCUCAUCCGCAUUUGGCAUGUUUUCUUAUUUGUUUAUUUUAAAAAGAGUUGUAAGAAUCCACAAGAAUCAAGGCAAUUGCAGUUUUUUGAAAGGGGACCAAGCACAGCUUGUGAUGUUUAAAAAAAAAAAAAAAAAAAACUUGAAUUGCAUAAGUAGUGAAUGGCUGGUUAACCAUUGUGAAGAAGUUUUGAUCACUCCGUCCCAACCUUUGGGUGUUAUGAGGGGUCUGCUCUACCUAUGUUUGCUUUCUCUGACCAAGUUGUGAGCGUUGACUGUGAACUUUGACCGGGUCUUUUGCCGUCCUGUAAUGGUUCAUGCACCGUUUGAUUGAUGUGCCCAGUCCACUGUAGUCUCUAGAAUAAGGGCCCUAAUGCAUGAGCUCUCGCUAUAAAGCAUGAGGAAAAAAUGGAAUAAAACAAACCAGAUAAACAAAAAUCAUACAUGUAGAAAAUGAGAAAAGACCUAUAAAUGAGAAAUAUAAUAAAUGGUAACAUAGGUA